GUUAGAGAAGUUUCUCGGCUCCGAGCUCAGGCAUUUAUUGCAGCUCUCGCCCGGGAGUGGCAGGCAAAGUCGUGCAUAAAGUGCUGGGGAGCGAGAGGGAAGAGAUAAGCUUUUUAAUCUCGGGAUAUUCGUUUGGGGUUUUUUUUUUUUCCCUCUCCCACUGAGAAGUUUUAUUUUCUUCUCCCCGGUCCCUGGGAUCACAGCCAGACAGGAAGCAUUUUCUCGCGGCCAGAGAGCUCCCUCCGUCCUUCCUGCGCUCCUCCGGCUCCCGGUGAUUCAGCUCUGAAUUGAUUUUCUCCGUCGUCCUUCACCUGGUGCCGGGGAAGGAGGGGACCGUCCCCGCAGCUCCCACCCGCAGCCGCAAGAUCCCAUCCCGCCCGGGGUGGAUGCGUCUCCUCCGGGACAGGCUCCCCGGGCAAGUUUGCAGCCAGGAGCGGCCGCACAGAGGGUGAAGCUCUGUGGGAGAGCCCCGGGGACACGCUCGGACCCCUCCGAAGAAAGCCAUGGCCGACAGCCAGAUGCCCUUCUCCUGCCAUUACCCCGGCAGGCGCAGCGUCCGCGACCCUUUCCGAGAGCCCGGCUUGACCUCGCGCCUGCUGGACGAUGAUUUCGGCAUGUCGCCCUUCCCCGGGGACCUGACGGCGGACUGGCCCGACUGGGCUCGGCCCCGGCUUACCACUACCUGGCCGGGUCCCCUGCGUGCCGGCAUGGCCCGAGCCUCCACCAUGGCCCCCGGUUACGGUUCCCGCUUCGGGGGGUACCCCGAGAGCCGCAGCCCCGUGCCUUUUCCCCGCGAGCCCUGGAAGGUGUGCGUCAACGUGCACAGCUUCAAACCCGAGGAGCUGACGGUCAAAACCAAGGAUGGCUACGUUGAGGUGUCAGGCAAACACGAGGAGCAGCAGGUGGAAGGAGGGAUCGUCUCCAAGAACUUCACCAAGAAAAUCCAGCUGCCCUACGAGGUGGACCCCAUCACGGUCUUCGCCUCUUUGUCGCCGGAGGGGCUGCUGAUCAUCGAGGCACCCCAGAUCCCUCCCUACCAGCAGUACAGCGAGGGCGGCUGCAGCAGCGAGAUCCCCGUCGAGAGCCAGGAGGCCACCUGCGCCUGACCGGCCACCCGCAUCCCUCCCGCACCCCGGCAUCCCUCCAUCCCUCUCUCCUCUCCCCCCGGACCCCCGCUUCCCCGGUCCCCUGCGGCACGGCGUCCGGAUAGCCUCCGGCAAGGGUGAUGGGUGCCGCUCGCAGGGACGGCAGCACCCGCCACCCCGCAGGGGGACCAACUGAGAGCCGGGGCACGCGCGCUGGGUGCCAGGCCACCGUCCCCGAGGGCUUCUAGCGGUCUGAGGUGCCGGUAGAGAUUUUGUGCCCAUGGGGCUGAGCAGAACAGAUGGCCUCAUUACGGUUCUUUUUCGCUCCGAGGCGCUCGGAUGGGAUAUUUAUAACGAUAGCAAAAAAGGGCCCUUUUUUGUCUAAAAUUGAUGUGGAAUCCCAUAGCCAUGUGUCUUUUCCUCCUCUGUGGGUUGGGUUUUUUUUAAACUACAUCUCUGCAAAGGACGCGCGUCCGGCGGCGGAGCUUGAUGGCACGGCCUCCGUCCUGAGAAAUGCAAACUGUCCGCGUGGCUUGAACAUUGGUUUUGUUUUGGGGUUUUUUUUUUUUCUUUUUUUCCAAAGAGAAUUUGUGCUUUUACUUGUCAGACUUGAGGAAUAAAACCCAGUUGAUGUUCUUA